UUUUUGACCACAAGAGCGAAAAAUCACAUCGAUUACUCGGAGGAUGAGGAAUUUCCCAGGAGGCGCCGGAACGGAAUAGACAAGAGAAGCACUUCUGUUGAGGAAGAUGUAAUAGAUGAAUGGGAUGAGGAGGCUUUUGCUAUCAUGAACAUUAAACUGCGGAACAAACGCAGAAAGUCGGACAGUGAUAAGGAGGAUAUUGCUAUUAUGAACAUUAAACUGCAGAAAAAGUGUAGGAAGUCGGGCAGUGUGAGUACUGAAAGAAGCCCUCUAGGGGUUAUGGAAAAAAACUAUGACCCUACGGAUGCUUCACGGCGUUCUUUUUCAUCGGCAUCAUCUUCAUCAGUCUCAUCAGGUUCACAUUUGAAAUGCGAUGAUAGCAGCAGCUGUGAUAGAUCCACAAAGAAGAACGUUGAGGCCAAGAGAAAAAAAUUCAAGUGUCAUCAGUGCAUGAAAGAAAGAAUAAUCAUCGUUCCGUGCUUGAAAUGUAAAGACAAAGUGUACUGCACUCGUUGCAUCAAACAAUGUUACCCCAAUAUACCCGAAGAAGAAAUUGCAAAGCAGUGCCCAUUUUGUAGCAGGAAUUGUAACUGCAGCAUCUGUUUGCACUCAAGUGGAUUAAUUAAGACGUCAAAGAGAGACAUCACAGAUGAGGAAAGGAUUAAGCAUUUGCAAUACUUGAUUAAGUCACUGCGUCCCUUCAUGACACAGAUUUGCAAGAUGCAAAAGCAGGAGACAGAAGUUGAGGCUCACAUUCAAGGGUUACUGCCUUCUAAAGUUGAAAUAUCAGAGACUCUUUCUUAUACCGACGAGCGUAUCUAUUGUGACCAUUGUGCAACUUCAAUAUUUGACCUUCAUCGUAGCUGCCCAAAAUGUUCAUAUGAACUCUGUCUUAGUUGUUGCAAGGAACUUCGGGAAGGAAAAUUUUCUAGCCGUGAUGAUGUUCCUUACCAAUACAUGUACAGAGGUUCGGAUUAUGUACACGGUGGAGACCCUUUGCCGGAAUCUUAUCUUCAAGAAAAUGCAAAUGAACAAGCUGAACCAUCAAUUCUGUGGAAAGCUAACAAUGAUGGAAGUAUUACUUGUCCUCCAAAGGAAAUUGGUGGUUGCGGCGAUUGCAGAUUGGAGCUUAAACGUAUCCUUCCAGCGGGGUGGAUUUCGAAUUUGGAAGAAAAGGCAUGGCAAACUUUGAGCAACUGCAGAAUGAGACAAUGGUUUCAAGAUACAUUACAUAGGGAUGCUUCUAUUGACGAUGACUUAUAUUCUUCAACUUCAAGUAAAGAUCAUGAGGAAGGCCUUUGUCACUUUCAAAUGCGCUGGGCUAAAGGUGAACCAGUUAGAGUUCCGAAUACUCUUGCGGAUUCAUCUGGUUUAAGCUGGGAACCAAUGGUAAUGUGGCGUGCUCUGUGCGAAAAUGGGAAUUCGCAAAUGUCCGAAGUUAAGGCUAUUGAUUGUCUAGCCGGCUGUGAGGUUGAGAUUAAUGCUCGACAAUUUUUCAAAGGCUAUACAGAAGGGAGAACAUAUGGAAACUUAUGGCCUGAGAUGCUAAAGUUGAAGGACUGGCCACCAUCGGAUAAGUUUGACGAUCUCUUGCCUCGGCAUUGUGACGAAUUUAUAAGCAUGUUGCCAUUUCAAGAAUACACUGAUCCGAGGUCUGGCAUACUUAACCUUGCUGUGAAGUUGCCACCGGAUGUUAUCAAACCAGACUUGGGGCCAAAAACAUAUAUUGCUUAUGGGAUUGCUGAGGAGCUUGGAAGAGGGGACUCUGUCACCAAGCUUCACUGUGAUCUCUCAGACGCGGUAAACAUUUUGACACAUACAGCUGAGGUAGCCAUGACCGACGCGCAGAAAGCAGCGAUGGCAAAGCUGAAAAUGAAACAUAAAGAACAGGAUGCAAAGGAGCGUUUGGUGAGAGAGACCAAAAUUGCAGAUCAGAAAUAUCACAACUUGGUUGGUAAUGAAUGUAAUGCUUUGAUUCCUGAACCCUCCACCAGCGGAAAGGAGACCGGUGGUGCCCUGUGGGACAUUUUUAGGAGAGAGGAUGUCCCUAAACUGGAAGAUUAUCUUAGGAAGCACUCCAAAGAAUUCAGGCAUACUUAUUGCUCACCAGUUGAAAAGGUUGUCCAUCCGAUUCAUGACCAGUCAUUUUACCUAACUGCGGAGCACAAAAGGAAAUUGAAGGAGGAAUUCGGAGUCGAACCGUGGACGUUCGAGCAAAAGCUAGGAGAGGCUGUUUUUAUUCCUGCUGGAUGUCCACACCAAGUUAGAAAUCUUAAGUCAUGCACCAAAGUGGCUGUAGACUUUGUGUCUCCGGAGAAUAUCAAGGAAUGCCUUCGUUUGACGGAAGAGUUCCGACAGCUACCGAAGAACCAUAGAGCCAGAGAAGACAAACUCGAGGUAGGUGCAUCCUUUCAUCGAUGUUUUGAACUUUUAUAGGUCUCCUACUAAACCUUGUACUGUUUUCAAUUU